CUUGUGUUGUGGCAGUGUAAAGGAAAAUGAUGAAGAAAGAGACAUGCAGUGCCCGUCUAUGGAGAAAAAAGCAUACAGAUUUUUAUUUUAUUUUAUCUUAAAAUUGUUUGUGUUAUUAAAUUAAAAAAAAAAAAAAAAGAAUCCAGAUAUGGAAGGUGGAUCCGUGGUGCAAUUUAAAACCCUGUGUGUCCUCUUAUAAGUAAAGUGAAGUGUGUUUUUGCUUGAUGUUUUUCUUUUUUCGUCUCAGAAACUCAAAAACUAAAACCCCAAGACUUGGGUUUUGGCGGCUACCCCUCCUCCAAGCCUUCUCUCUCUCUCUCCUUGACCUUGCCUCGAAUUUCUUGGCCUCUUAAAUUCACUGCUUCUUUUAAAUCUUUAGGGUUUCUCUCUCCCUCUCCCUCUCCCUCUCUCUUCCUUUUCUUAGCCUUCACACUCUAUCAAUCUCAUCAUGGAAACUGUUUCUUCUGCUUCUGAUAGUAUCCUUAUUAUCUUCCCUCAUCUGGACAUUGCAGGUGUGCUUGAGAACUUGUCAUUAGAUUCUCAGACCAAGACUGCUGAAAUUUCUGAACAUGCCAAGCUCUCUACUAGUCAAUAUGGAUCAAGUGACUUGGCUACUAAUUCAGCCAAGCCAUUAAAUCAGUCUACGAACUCUCUUCAUAUAGACCAAAACGCGUACUAUUCUCCUAAUGGGUACCUAUCGACUGCGUAUUAUUAUGGAGGGCAUGGUGGGCCUAGUAAUGGGUGGAUCGACUACUCUAGUUAUGUUAAUCUUGAUGAGGACAUCUAUGGCAAUAGCGAUACUCUUAUGUACCACCAAGGUUACGGUUAUAUGCCAUAUGGAACAUAUCCCUCACCAAAUUCAAAUAUGCCUGCCAUGGGAAAUGAUGGCCAGCUAUACGGAACACAGCAGUACCAAUAUCCUAAUCCUUUCUACCAGGCUCCAAAUUCAACUGGAACGUUUCAUUCUCUAAAUUCAGCCAUUGCAUCCCAAACAGAGGUUCCAGCUUCUCCUCCAGCUGAUAAAGCAGCUUUAUCUGUUGGAACAGCUGGAGGAAACCCCAAUAAUGCAGUGAACAGUGGAUGUGUAAAUAGAAGUAAUGGACCAAAACCUUUCAGACCAAGUAAUCAAAAUUCAUCUUCAAAUUUUAGUGGUGCCUAUAAAAGUGGAGGUUUACAAACAGGAUUUCCUUCUUCUGGUUAUCAUGACCCAAGGUUCGGGUAUGAUGCAUUUCAGUCACCAAUGCCUUGGUUAGAUGCCCCCAUGUAUUCCAAUGCACCAGCUGGACAUGCAAUGAAUACUGGGCUCUCUUCACCACUGAAUUUGCACCCUACAAGACCAAUAUCUGGCUUGGGCCAAGGUUCUGGAGCUAUGAACUUGAUGUACCCAGACAACAGAAUGUAUGGCCAGUAUGGAUAUAGAGCUGGUGCAGGUUUUGGUUCUUUUGGUGCUAACUCAUGGACAAAUGGACGCGGGUGGGUGGUUGUUGAUAAUAAGUACAAACCUAAAGCCCGUGGAUAUGGCAAUGAGAAUAUUGAUGGUUUAAGCGAGUUGAAUAGAGGGCCUAGAGCCAAGGGUUUUAGGAACCACACAGAGUUUGGGCCUGUUUCACAGGCUGUGCAGGGGCAGAAUCUCCCGCUGUCCGACAAUACUAAGGAGGAUAAUUCGUCUCAAGUACCCGACAAUGAACAGUACAACAGGGAGGAUUUUCCUGAGGAUUACUCAAAUGCAAAGUUUUUUGUUAUUAAGUCAUACAGUGAGGAUGACGUUCAUAAAAGCAUCAAAUAUGGUGUGUGGGCAAGCACGGCAAAUGGGAAUAAGAAGCUGGAUGCAGCUUACCAUGAAGCCAAGGAAACUUCUGGCGGCUGUCCUAUAUUUCUACUAUUUUCUGUCAAUACCAGCGGGCAGUUUGUUGGUUUGGCUGAGAUGGUGGGUCCUGUCGACUUUAAUAAAACUGUGGAGUACUGGCAGCAAGAAAAGUGGAUCGGUUGCUUUCCUGUGAAGUGGCAUAUUAUUAAGGAUGUACCAAAUAAUUCCUUGAGGCACGUAACACUUGAAAACAAUGAGAACAAGCCUGUCACCAAUAGUAGGGACACACAGGAGGUGAUCUUUGAAAAAGGUAUUCAGAUGCUUAAAAUUUUUAAGGGCCAUAGAUGCAAGACAUCCAUCCUGGACGACUUUGAGUUUUAUGCUGCUCGAGAAAGGAUUAUGCAGGAGAAAAGGGCUAAGCAAAAGAUUCAAAAACAAGUUUUGGAUGGGAAGCCUAUUGAUGAUCAAAACAAUAAUAAAGAGAAAGUUGCAAUGGUUUCACAAAAAUCCACCGAUAGUAUGUUGAAGGAACCAGUGGUAGCAGCAGCAGUUGAAUCUGGAAAGAUAAGUGGAGAGGUGAGGGUGGUAGAAGCAAAUGGGUCAGGCGCAUCAGUCGAAAACUCUCCAAACGAUGCUAAGUCGGUUGUAUCAUCUGAAAGUAAAGUUGCAAGUGCCUGCUAAUUUUUUGGGUGGUUUACAAUUUGAUUUUAGGAUAGGAUUUGUAGUGCAGAGUUUGUAGUUGGUUUCAUGACACUGAUAGUGCAUUUACUAAUUACUAUCAGCACAUAAAAAUAGGUUAGGUUUUACCGACGCAAAUGGAUUCGGACUUCAAAACAGAAAUCUGUGUCUUUCUUUUCUUUCUUUUUAAAAAACCUGUAGCAUGGUGAGGCAGAACAACUGCUCAAAGACCUUAUGAGAUCUUAUUGUUCUUUUUCUCUA